GCAACACCGUAACCCUAGGAUUUUGGCGCGAGUUUGUUGAUUACUAAAAUGGAAACUGAUAGUAAAAAGGUUGAAGUCAAGUGCCUGGAAAGCUUUUAUAAUCUUUUGAUAAAAUGUCAAAUCCAAAAGAUUUCUAUAUCUCAAGAAACAAAAAGAGAUUUCCUUUAUUCCAUGCUAAAAACAUUAGGAUCUCGCUUACAAAGUUUUGUGAAAAAAGCUGUUUCUGAAGGUUUUAUAAAGUGGGAUGAGAAUUAUGAAGUGGAAGACAUAGUUGACCACUGCACAGAGCAAGGAGAAAACUUCUACCUGAUAAAAUGGAAAGGAUGGGAUGACCACUUCAACUCCUGGGAGCCUGAAGAACACCUGCAAUGCACCAAGGCUCUUCGGGACUAUUUUGAAUACUCAAAGAAAACAGGUAAAAACUUAAGAAAAAGAAAACUGGAAAUUGAGGAAACUAGCAGCAACAGAAAAAAGAUGCUCAUUGAAGACAUGUACCAGAAGGUUUUACAGUGUGUGGAGAAUUAUGAUACUGCCAUUAAACUGGUCACAGAAAUGAAACUUAAAAGAAGAACAUCGGUUGCACGUCACAGAAAGACAAAAAAAACGUUGUGCUUAGAGUCCCAUCAAGCCUUGAAAAACUGGGAAAAAGAAAUCAAUGCAAUCACCAAAGGGUUUGAUCAAGCGUAUCUGUAUGUCGAGAACAAGGUUGACUUCGAAGGUCCUCCAGAAAAUUUCAUAUACAUAAAUGAGAGGAAAGAGGGUCCAGGAGUGGUGAUACCCAAAGAUCCAUUGAUAGGCUGUGAGUGUCGAAAUUGUUUUGAGGACAAAAAAAAUUGUUGCCCAGUGGCAUCUGACUCUAUCUUAGCAUACUACAAGUCUAACGGAAGACUUCGUGUGCAACGAGGAGUUCCAAUCUAUGAGUGUAACAAGAUGUGCAAAUGUGGACCAGAUUGCGUCAACAGAGUUGUACAGAAAGGAAGGAAGUUUAAACUGUGCAUAUUCCGUACAGACAACAGUCGUGGCUGGGGAGUGAAAACAUUGCAACGGAUCAAAGAAGGCUCAUUUGUUGUAGAAUAUGUUGGUGAAGUAAUAACUAAUGAAGAGGCAGAGGUAAGGGGAAAGUAUUAUGACGCAGUUGGUCACACAUAUUUAUUUGACUUGGACUUCAAUGAGAGUGAUGAACCAUAUACUGUUGAUGCUGGCAAAUAUGGCAAUGUAGCGCACUUCAUUAAUCACUCAUGUGAUCCAAAUCUUGAAGUUCAUGUUGUCUGGAUCAACACACUUGACCCCCAGUUACCUCAUAUUUGCCUAUUUGCUAAAAGAGACAUUCAGGCUAAUGAAGAACUUACAUUUGACUAUAUGAGUGGUAAUGUUUCUGACACCUCUUUUAGAAGUAUGGGCAUAACAAAUCAGAAGACAGAACCUCAUGGAGUUGAAUCCUCAUUGUCAAUGACAGACAUACCCUCAAUGUCCCUAACACCAUCUGCCUCAGAUUUAUCUCCGUCAGACACACUGCCAUUCUCAGGGACACCACUGUCAUCAGAUACUCCCCCGGCUUCAUCAGACACACUGCCAUCAGAUACUCCCCCGGCUUCAGAUACAGAAUCCAACUCAUCUACUUGUGAAACAGAAGCCAACCAGUCUAUAACCAAGACAUCAAAAUUCAGUAUGGCCUGUCUUUGUGGUGCUAAAAACUGUAGAAAAUUAUUAUUUUUUUAAACUCAUUUACAAAUUUGUUUAAAUUAACACAAAUGUAAAAGGGAAAAUUAUGAGGCUGAUUAAUGAGCCACCAAUUGGUAGCAUUUCAACUUUCUUAAUCAGUUAACAAACUGAGAAUGUUUUUUUUUUUUAAAUAAUAUAUAUACACAUAUAAUUACACUAUUAUGUUUAUGGUGGCAUAUUUUAUAAAUAUGCCCCAGAAUCAUUAAUACUUUUUUUUUUCUUUGCUCAUUAUAAUGAUUUGAUUUUAUUAGCUGUAUGACUACUUAUUUUAAAACACUAAUGAAAUAAUCUGGUUUAGACAAACUAUAUUUUUAAAUAUUUAUUUGUAUGUUUCUGUUGAACAGUUAUCUUUUGAAGAUUUUUACCUUGAUUUAAUUUAUAACAAAUGUAGAAGAUUUAGUUUUUUAGUGAAAUCUAUCCUCAACAUGUCUGCCAGCUAAUAUUUUUGUAAACACACUUUGGUUUUUAAGUGAUAAUGUAAUUAUAAUGUUUUGACCAAGGUAACAAUUUUUUUUCUUGCAACCAUGUUAAUGAAAUCAUAAGUGUAUGAAAUGAUAUUGAAUUAUGAAUUCCAGAAACCAGACUGUUAAAUUUCUUUCAGAUUUUUUAAGAUAAUGGAAGAUGUGUAUAGUAGGCAUUCAAUUUACUUGCAUUUUGAGUGGCAUUACUUGCUAGGCAUGCUGCAUAAGAGUAUGAUCAUCUCCCACUUCUUUUACCAUAAAAAAUACAUUUUGGUAUCAUAGAUUAUGAUAAUAUGAUCUUGUGACAGUGGUUUAAAAAUGUUCAUCCUACAAUUUUUACUUAUUUUGUAUUUAAUAAUUUGCAGAAACCCAACCUUAACCAAGUACUCGGUACACUAUAUUCAAUGUACACUAUAUCAAUGCACCGGUUUUGUUUCUCUUGUUUUUUUGUAUACACUUUAGUAUAGCACAAAGUAAACAUUGAAGUACAUAAUGUUUGGGUUAAGAACUGUUGUUGUUUUUUUUAAAUCAGCUGCUAAUAUAAUAGAAAUAAAAUAUUAGUUGAGAAAUGUGUUCUCUUUAGUUUGCUAAUGUAUUAGAAUUUCAUGAGAUGCAGUUUUUGGUUAUCUCUUAUUUAUUAAAUUGAGAUUUGAAAGGGUUUUGAGGUGUACACAGUCUAUUUUUCCCUGAACGGGCUAAAAUCAAGGUGAUAUUCUAUAUUUCUUAUUGCUUUUUUUUUUUUUUAACCUUAAGACUAAAUAAUUAACAAUUCAAUAAAUAUUGAUAUAUAGGUUGAGAUCUUUGUAGUUUUGGUAGUAUAAUUAAGGGUAAAUAAGGUAUAGUUCAUCUGUUUCUAUGAUUAAUGAGGAUAUCAUGUGACCAGCACAAUGACCACCUACCUUUACUUUCCCUCACUGUCAGAUACUCAUUAGAUUUGGGUGGACUUGGGGUUGCCCUUAAAAUCCUGAGAUUCAAAAUCCCAGAGUCUUUAUCAAAAUUUGAACCUGAGAUCCCCCUCAGUUCAAAACCCAAGCACUUUACCACUCAGCCACCAUGCCCUAUUUUGAAUUAAAUUAGCCUUUAAUUGCUAUGGGACUACUUCUCCACAUCAUUCUAUUCUGACCAAUUAAUUGUUUGUAAAGCAAAAAGGACUUUCUACUGUAGCUGUCUAGUGCAACCUGGCCCUGUAUACAUUUUGGGCAUAGACACUAUGCUGUGAAAAACAUGUCUAGCUUGAGUUAAUUCUAAAAUUUAAAAAUGUUUCCAUCUAGAUUGAAAAUGGAUCUUUUCAGUUAUCUAACCAAGAUGCUUGUUGCACACAGUGCCACCACUAAUCCAACUUAUAAUAUAAGGUUAUGGUACUGCCCCCUGCAAUCCCAAUAAUUUAGCUCGCCUUCAUGCAUUUAUGAUUCUGUUCUAUUGUAGCUAAAUUGCGAUAUUCAAAUAACUCUUCUUCUGUGAUGUAUUUGUCAAUGGCAUAAAUAUAUAUAUAUAUUUAAAUUUAUAAAAUUUCAUGCAUUUAAAAAAAAAACAAAUUCAGAUUUAAAAUGUAAUGCAUAAAUGCAAACACUAAUUGAUGGGGUGAGUGUAGGCCAACAUUAAUAUAUCACAUCAAUGUUUGGAGUGAGACAUCCUUCAAUUUACUUUUUUUAGUUGUAUUAUUAUUUUCUUGGUUAAAAGAGCUAACACAAAACAUCUUUUCAAGUUUGCUAAAGCUGUUGAAAUUAUUAGAUGAUUUGUUCCUUUGAAAAACCUUGCAAGAAGCAAAGUGUUGACAAUGUGUACAAUUUUUGUUUAGUUGAAUGAACUAGGGUACAUGAUGUACAUAUCACAUUGAUUUCUUUCUAUCUAGUCUUGGUUUUGUUUUGAAAAAAAAAUAAAAUAAAAUGCUGACU